UUUUCCAAAAAUAGAAAAGAUUGUGCGAGGAAGACACCGCACCGCAGCACACCAGGCAUGACUCUGAGAGCGAAAUUCGAUGUUCUGAGACCACCACCGCCUCUAGAGCCUCUGCCUGCCGUUUUACAUUCUUGAACAAGAAGAAGAACCAUCGAAAAUACUAGGAGCAAAGCAGUUCGAUUGCAUUCCCCUCAGAAUCAGACGCCACCAUUAUUCACGGUUGCUUUGCCUUGUUUUAUGGAGGGAUUAGUUAGCAGCUUAGCUUUGAAGAUUGAGGAGAUGAAUGGCUACGUUUCGCGAUCGUCGAGAGUUCUGUGAAUAAUUGAUGAAAAAAAACAGUCCAGUGCUGAAUACCUGCGAAAUGGUGACCGGUGAUUUGUUUCAUUUCAGAAAGGAUUCGUGGCCUCCUGAAGAGUACGUAAAUCGAUCGACUCUGCAGCUGUUGAAUGCAGACAAUGCUGCCCCUCCUGAAUAUGCAUGGCGAAGGAAAUUAAAUAGCGAUGCUAGUGUUCUUAAGGAGUUUAGUAUUACAUUUACAGAAGCUAUAAAAAUGGUCACUCUCGGAAUACGCCUGUGGCAUUAUGUACGGGAAGAAGCAUCUCAAGGAAGGAGAGCACCAAUAGAUCCUUUUACUCGAGAAAGUUGCAAACCCUCUGCAUCCCAAGGUGUUCCUCUUGGGGGAAUGGGAAGUGGGAGCAUAUCCAGAGGUUUCAGAGGGGAAUUUCAGCAUUUCCAAAUACUUCCAGGGACAUGUGAGGCUUCGCCUGUGAUGGCCAAUCAAUUCUCUAUUUUCAUAUCUCGAGAUGGAGGGAACAAAAAAUAUGCAUCAGUCCUUGCUCCCGGCCAGCAUGAAGGCUUAGGUUUUGACAGGAAGUCUAGUGAUGAUCAAGGUAUAACAUCGUGGGGAUGGAAUUUAGGUGGCCAGCAUUCCACAUACCAUGCUCUCUUUCCCAGGGCAUGGACUGUAUAUGAUGGCGAGCCAGAUCCAGAGUUGAAAAUAUCUUGUCGACAGAUAUCACCCUUUAUACCACAUAAUUAUCAAGACAGCAGUCUUCCAACAGCUGUAUUUGUUUACACUUUGGCAAAUACGGGAAAGGAUAGGGCAAAAGUCAGCCUUCUUUUUACCUGGGCCAAUUCUGUUGGAGGUAUCUCACAUCUAUCAGGAGGUCAUGUCAACGAGCCAUUUGUUGGUGAAGAUGGAGUUUCGGGUGUGCUGCUACAUCACAAAACUGCAAAAAAUAACCCUCCUGUCACAUAUUCAAUUGCUGCAUGUGAAACUCAGAAUGUGAGUGUAUCAGUUUUGCCCUGUUUCGGCCUGAACGAAGGAUGUUGCAUAACUGCCAAAGAUAUGUGGGGAAAAAUGGUGCAGGAUGGCAGCUUCAACCAAGAGAAUUUCUGCAAGGUGCCUAGCAUGCCAUCAUCUCCAGGAGAAACUCCUUGUGCUGCAGUCUCAGCUUCUACAUGCGUUGAACCUCACGGAAAAUGCACAGUUGCAUUUGCAAUUGCUUGGUCUUCGCCUAAAGUCAAAUUUUGCAAGGGCAAGUCCUACUAUAGGCGGUACACUAAAUUCUACGGUACUUCCCGAACUGCAGCUAAGGACAUAGUGCAUGAUGCUCUUACCAAUUAUGUGCUGUGGGAAGAAGAGAUUGUAAAAUGGCAAAAACCUGUUCUUACAGAUAACCGACUGCCCGAAUGGUACAAGUUUACUUUAUUCAAUGAGCUAUAUUUUCUUGUGGCGGGGGCAACAGUUUGGAUCGAUUCACGCUUGCUAGCUGAGGACUCGAGUGGUAUCAAGUCGAUAAUCACAGAAAUCCACAGAAAAUCCGAGGGAAGAAUAGUUCACAGAUCAACUGUGAUUAAUAAAGAUGCUGCUCAAAACACAUUGGAUGCUUCACUAAACAUCGAUCCGGCAGAAAGUGGGGAAAGAUCUACCGGAAUUACAUCAGGCAAAGACAAGCCGAGCACCUGUGAAAAGGGUUACGAGCAAGAGAACAGCAACAAUGAAGUGGGCAGGUUUCUAUAUCUCGAAGGCAUCGAAUAUAUAAUGUGGUGUACUUAUGAUGUGCAUUUCUACGCAUCAUUCGCCCUGCUAGAGCUCUUUCCGAAAAUCGAGCUUAGCAUCCAGCGCGAGUUUGCAGCUGCCGUAUUAUCCGAGGAUACGAGGAAAGUGAAGUUUUUGGCCGAGGGAAACUGGGGAAUACGCAAGGUGAAAGGCGCUGUCCCGCACGAUCUCGGUACCCACGAUCCGUGGCAUGAAAUGAACGCUUACAACAUACACGACACGAGCCGGUGGAAGGAUCUGAACCCGAAGUUCAUUCUUCAGGUAUAUAGAGAUUUUGCUGCGACCGAAGAUCUCUCUUUCGGAGUUGAUGUUUGGCCCGCAAUUCGUGCUGCCAUUGAGUACAUGGAGCAAUUCGACAGGGACAACGACGGUCUGAUUGAAAACGACGGCUUUCCUGAUCAGACAUACGAUACAUGGACCGUUCACGGCAUAAGUGCUUACUGUGGUUCCUUAUGGCUUGCUGCUCUUCAAGCCGCGGCAGCAAUGGCCCAGCAGUUAGGCCACCUGGAAUUUGCUGACAAAUGCAAGAACACAUUUCUCAAGGCCAAAUCUGCGUAUGUAGCGAAACUUUGGAACGGUUCUUAUUUCAACUAUGACAGCGGAUCGAGCAGUAACAGCAAAUCGAUCCAAGCUGAUCAGCUCGCGGGGCAGUGGUACACUGCAGCUUCAGGGCUUCCAGAUCUUUUCGACGACUGCAAGAUCCGGAGUUCUCUGCAGAAAAUAUACGACUUCAAUGUGAUGAAAGUUGGGGAGGGCCGGAUGGGUGCAGUGAAUGGAAUGCAUCCUACCGGAAAGGUGGACGAUACGUGUAUGCAGUCGCGGGAGAUAUGGACCGGCGUGACAUAUGCAGCUGCGGCUACGAUGAUUCAUGCCGGAAUGACGGAGCAGGCGUUUGCCACGGCGGCAGGGAUAUUCAUCACCGGCUGGUCCGAGGAGGGAUUCGGAUACUCGUUUCAAACUCCGGAAGGUUGGACUACCAAUGGCAAUUUCCGAUCUUUGAUAUACAUGAGGCCCCUCGCGAUAUGGGCGAUGCAACGGGCUCUAUUGAAUCCAAAAGUUGGUUUGGUAGGUAGCGCCUCCGCGGACAAAAGCAGCUCUAGUUUCAAUUGAAAGUACUAUUUUUAUUUGUUACUUUUAGUGAAAAAAUUGUCUAUUGUCAUUCUAAUAAAAUACGUAUAUGAAUACAAGGGAGGAGCAAUAUGGUCAA